UUUUUCGUAAAAUUAAUAAUAAGAAAGUUUCCCAUACGGUGCGAACUUAAGUAGACACACUGUACAUUGAAUUGUGGCUUUCCAAUGUUAAACGCCGUAAUGGCAGCAUAUAUGCUUCCCUAUGGGAUGAUCGUGAACUUCAGUGCUUCAAAAAGUGCUCGAAAAGGGCAUUUCUAAAUGAAACUUCAAUAAGAAAAGUGUUGAAAUGAAUGAAGUAAAACUUUUUUUCAAAACCCAGAUAUGUCCAAACCCAAAAAAAAUGAAUAAAAUCACUAAUAAUUGAUCUUAAGCGACAAUAAAAUGGCUGAUUCACAGCAGCAAGACACUAAUUCCACAUUUAUUCUAUAAAUAUUUGCAUCUAAAUAGUCUACUGUAGAAAAUUUCAUUCGUUAACGUUUAAUAUCUGACUUGAUUCAGAUUGCAGAAAUAAAAUUUGGAACUUUUAAAAAUCCAACCCAGAAACUCUAGAAUAAAUAUUACAUGCAAUUAAAUCAUAAAAUACAAGCUUUUAUGAGUACAGUCUAGAAACGAUCUACAUAUAUGCCAAUUUUUCAAAAUAAAAUUUAAUUGGAUCACAUAAAACUAUGACAUAUUAAAAUUUACAUUCGUGCUUGCUCCAAAAAUUCCUUUCAUUAGAUACUGCGGUAUCUAAAUAAAAAGCUUUUUAUUGACAUUAAACAUUCAUUCAGGUGCCUAAGUAAACAAGAUACUAUUUAGCAGCACGUAUUGAAAAAUAAAUUCUAUUUAAUAUUAGCAUUAUGAGAUAAUAUCCCCAUUUUGGAGCAUUUAGAAGCACUUGAGCAUGCAUUUGCCUAUUUAUAUAAGAUAACAAAAGCAGUAAAUAAUCGUUAAAAAUUGUCUGCAUUUUUUCCUAAAAUUGUAUUUAGUAGCAAAGUAAACCUCACAUCCUUUCAACUAUUAGAAGUUUUCAUGGCAGAUAUGUAUUGAUCAAACAUUCAACCCUCAAUAGCCAAAUCAAAAGCACCCUUCAAAUAACCAGAAAAUUAAGAAAUUUAAAGAAAACUUAAAAAAUGAAUCAAGUUACUCGGCCAGCACCCAAUGCCUCAACAGAAAAGGAAAUGGUUUCGAUGGCAGAAGAAGAGCUAGCGAGAUUGCGACGUCAGUUGCGUAUUAUGGAAGAUGAUAGAAUGGCUUUCUCCGAUGAAACCACACUAAAAUUGGAAAAGCAACGGAAAAUAAUCCAACAGCUAAGACAAGAACGGGAAAAACUUUGCGAGGACAUCAACGCGGCCAGUUGCAAAACGCAGCAAAGGAAAGACAAAAAACUAUCCAAAGAUAUUUGCAAGCUUUUGGACGUUUACGAAGAGUAUUGCCGGAAAGUGCGCACUGAACAAGACGGAAUUCUAGAAAUGGAUGCCCAAAUUAAAAAACUAGAAACCGAUAUCAAGCACUUAAGACCUAAAACAGCAGUAACCGAGUACCAUUUCCAAACUCGAUUGACCAGUGGGCAGAAAGCCGUGCAAAUUUUGAAGAACAGACUGGAUAACACGAUAAAGAAAUUUUGCGCAAUUUUGGCCACAAAUAAAGAGCUGAGAGAAGAAAUCAAUCAUCUCUUAAAAGAAAGAAAUCAUUUCAACGAAGUUUGGGAAAAACUGUUGAAAGACAUUAACGUGGGCAAAAAGUACAUGAUUGACCUCAUUGAGCAGGCGAUCAUGGCUUUCGACCAACGAGAAGAAUGGUGCUCUAAGCUAGACGCUCUGAAGAAACGAGCUGAUGUGGAUCUAAUUCUUCAUUCUGAGGAGAUGAGAGAGAUUCAGCGAAGACUCGACCACUACAUAGCACUAAGGGAGUUCUUAUGCGUAAAGGGCCAGAAAAGAAUCUUGAAAGACUUGGAGGAAAAAGAGCGAAUGAAGAAGGAAAUGCAGGAAAAGGAACUAGAGGACCAGCUGGAAAUGUACGAAAACACUCUGAAACAAAUCCAGGAAUUUUGCAACGAGGAAAACGUGGAACGCAUCGCCGCUCUUUUUCUCAAACAAGAGGAGGAAAACUUCGCUCUUUUCAACUACGUGAAUGAAUUGACUCACGAAAUCGAAAGCUUGAACAAUAUCAAGGAGCAGGUUCGCGAAAAAAUCGAGGAGCAGAUUGAAUUAACCAACCAGAGGGCUAAUGAACGCCAAGCAACGUUAAGCUCUCUUCAACAAGAUUUGGAAAAUGCCUCUGCGGAGGCUAAUGAAGAAGAGAAGCAACUGAACCAGGCUCAGGCUAAUCUGAAAAUUGUGCUUAGUGGAAUAGAGGAAGUGUUUGAGAUGGUGGACUGCGAUCGGGGGCCGAUUUUGAAACUUUUGGGUGAAAAUUCAGAAAUAAAUCUAUUUAACGUUAAAAUUUACAUGGACACCGUAGAGAAAAAAUUGUCAGGCAUCGUGACGGAAAUGUACUUUGCAGAAAAAUCGAUGAUAUCCCUUGAAAAGAAGGCGAUUUAAGACAAGAGCUACCGAA